AUCUCGUCAAUAGAGAAGUAUCAAUAUCUGCUGGCCUCGCUAAAGGGGGAGGCGCUCAAUGUAAUCAAGAAUUUGCCCCUCGCCGCGGAGUAUUACAUGAUUGCAUACGACGCGCUGCUCGACAGGUAUCGGAACAGAAGGAGGCUAGCGGACCACCACUUAAAGUCGAUACGCGAAGCCAAACCGUUAAAGAUCGAAUCGGCCGAUGCCCUCCAUAAAUUAUUAGAUACGUUCACCGAAAACACUCGCGCGCUAAACCUGAUGAAGUUCCCUACCGAUUCGUGGGAUUUCCUUUUGCUCAAUUUCCUGCUCGAGAAGCUUCCCCGAUCAUUGCGGGAAAAGUUCGAAUCUGUCCAUCGGGCCGAAGAGAUACCGCGAUACGCUCAACUCAUCAAGUUUCUUUCCGAGCACUGUAAAGUACUUGAGGCCAUCUCGGGUCCGUCGACCAUGCCGUUCAAAUCACAAUCGUCCGCGUCGGCUUCGUCGCUUGCAACUCGAACUGCCGAGUGUCCGGCGUGCAAGGAACAACAUCUCGUGUUCAAGUGCCCUCGAUUCUUGAAACUAUCCCCCCGGGAAAGGCAUUUAACGGCCAAAACCGCGAACUUGUGUUUCAAUUGCCUUCGCGCGGGUCAUGGCACUAACAACUGCACAUCGACGGGGACGUGCCGGUCGUGCCAGGCUAGGCAUCAUACCCUAUUGCACUUCGGACGGAAUUCGGAUCCAGCGGACACCCCGGCGGAUACCGGAGCCCCCUCCGAAUCGGCCGCCGACGGGAGUUCGUCGCCACAAAAUAAUGAACCCCUCGUCACCAUGGCUAGCGUCGCGAAAUCGAGUUCGACAGUAUUAUUGUCAACGGUGCAGGCCGAAGCUCUCGACGUUCACGGAAAUCCCUUCCCUGUUCGCAUUCUUUUGGAUAGUGCCAGUCAAUUAAAUUUCAUUUCGGAAAAUUGCAUGAAAAAGGGUGGUUUCAAACGAACCAAGUGUCGUACUGUAGUCCUAGCGGUAAAUAAUACUAAAGCGGCUGCCACUCGAGGUAGCACCUCACUCGUGAUUCAAGUACCGGGUAAUGGCAAUACUCGCGUUCCGAUAGAGGCUACGAUUCUCCCACGCAUCUCCGCCCAAUUACCUAGUAGACAAGUCGAACAAAGAGCGUGGAAACACAUAGAGGGAUUAAAGCUCGCGGAUCCGCAGUAUCACCGACCUGGUCCCGUCGACCUCUUAAUCGGCGCAGAUAUCUUUGCCUCGUUGAUUCGGGACGGUCGUCGUCUAGGGAGGAAAGGUGAACCAGACGCCUUUAAUUCCAUUUUCGGCUGGGUUCUG